AUGCCGCUGCUGGCCCGUGCUCUCCGAUCGUCUGCGCUAUCGCGCGCCGUGGGCCAUCGGUUCAUUGGCGGGUUCGCUGUCGAUGCGUCGACGCCGACUGUCGCUGAGCGAUUGGUGAACGUGGUGCUCGUGGACUACGAGGGAAACCGCCACAUGGUCAAGGGACGUGCUGGCCAGACGCUGCGUCAGGCUUGUGAGAUGAACAGCGUUGGCUACGUCAAGGACGACUCCAUGGGCGGCGGCGGCACGUACGACGCCCGUCGCGCCGACUUUUACACCGAAUCGCUCUUUGGCGAAGGCUCUUCGUCUCCACAGUCGCACGUCGUGAUUUCCAACGAGUGGUUCCACAAGCUGCCGCCUGCCAACGCGCGUGAGCGUCACAUCAUUGACACGUACGUCCCGAAGGAGGACCGCUCCGUGAACUCUCGUCUGGGCACAGAGAUCGUGCUACAGGAAGAACUGAAUGGCAUGGUGGUGGCUGUGCCGGAGGCGCCACCGGUCGAGGAGUACGUGUAUGAGCACGAGUAUGACGAAGACGAUUACGAGUCGUACGAUGACGAGGACCAGGGCGCGUAA